AUAUAAGAAUAGAAGAAGAAUAAUUUGCCUGGUUAGUCCAAUAAAAUUCAAUAGAAUUAUUUAAAUGAAUUAGAAUUCUCCAGAAAUACGUAAAAAAAAUUGUUUAGGAUCGUAAAUUCAUAACUUUGCAGCAAAGAGAAAAUCAAGGAAUAAUGUUUUGUGGCUUUUGAGGGGUAGUUCCCCUCCUGAUGCUCCUUGACAGUGCCUGAAUUGUUUUGGCAUUUCGGUAAAAUAGUUAUUCUUCGUCGGGGUAUUCGCUACAGGUGGCUUUUCUACGCUUGCGUCCAUCACUCUGGCAAUAUCGAUUUUUCUGUUGUUGAAUCACCAUCUCAAAAGGGAGAUUUUUUGCUGUAGUUCUUCCUCUCAGUUCUUUGUGUAACUCUGCCUCUGUGCCAUCUCCCACAUACGCAAUUUACGUGUCAUCCCUGAGAGUUUGAAAAUCUCCUACCCAAACCAUUUGGGAAAGGUGUUACCUCUGCCGGGAUAGCCCAUCAUCCACAAGCCCCUUUGAUGGCAAUGUGGAGCCUCCAGUAGAUUUUAGGGACUUUGUUGCCAACAAAGAGCCAAACCUUUUUUUGUGUGAAGAAAAACAAACCAUCCGUUCAAGUGAGAAAAAAAGUCCGUGAAAAGAAAGAGGUGAAAAAGAAAGACCACAAUCAAGGACAAUGGCCCUGGAUUUUGCUACAACAUACAAAAUCCUCGUCCUGGGUGACUCCAAUGUCGGCAAGACUUGCAUCGUACACAGAUACUGCGAUGAGAGAUACUACGACACCUACAUCUCCACAAUUGGAAUAGAUUUCAAGCAGAAACUCAUAAAUCUCGACGGUGUGCCGGUGAAGCUUCAAAUUUGGGAUACAGCGGGCCAGGAGAGAUUUCGUACGCUCACAACGGCCUACUACAGAGGUGCCAUGGGGAUCCUGCUCAUGUACGACGUGACCAAUUUGGAGUCCUUCAACAAUUUGGCCUAUUGGCUGAGAAAUAUCCACGAGAAUGCUUCGCCAGAUGUGGUUACCGUGCUGGCGGGAAACAAGUGUGAAUGUCCACCCGCACAACGCAUGGUUGAGAAGGGCCGUGGAGAGAAGAUUGCUGAAAACUUCGACAUUCCCUUCUUCGAAGUUUCCUGCAAACAGAAUGUCAACAUCGAAGAAUCCUUCAUUACACUUGCCAGAAGAAUUCGUGAUCAGAGGGAUCGCCGGGGCGAGAACUUCGAUCAGGAUGACAAGCAACAAGACUCAGGGUCCGCAAAUGGGCUCAGCAAUUCCUUCAUGUUAGGGGGUAAAAGCUCUGAGAAUAGUCGCUGCGCGUGUUAAUUAUCUGGCCAAAGAGGAUUUUAGACAGCCCAACGGAAGUCUAUUUGGGAUAAAAUAGAAUAAUCAUUUGUAAUAUAGAGAUUUAAGACAGAAUUUUAGGAGAAAACAAAAUAGGAGGGUCUUUUUCAUAGACAUCACCGCCAAGAUGAGAGAGGGUGAAUGGAGCAGAGGAGGAGGCAAAUUCAGUGAAAGCACCUGAAGCACAAGUUUGAUUUUUUUGCUUUGUUAUACAAUGUAACUUAUCUUUUAUCUUUAUUUAGAAAAAAAAUUAUUUAUCAAAUAUUUAAGGUAUCCUGUGAGAAAUAAAAAAGAUUUUAUGCCAAAAUUUUAUAAAUUAAAUUUUUUAUUAGAAAAUUUUAUUAUAUUUAAAUAAAUUUUACAAAUAAUUUAAAAAAAAAAGUCAUACUUGUGCUUCAAAUCAAUAUAUUAAUUAUUCAACUAAAAAAAAGAGCCAGUGGGCCUUUCAAUUUUCAUAUCAUUUAUCAAAAUGGAAAGAACUAAUAAGCUUUUCUAGCUUACAAUUGAAAGUAAAAUUUAACAAAAAAAAAUGCUUAAAAACACAUCGAAAUGGAUAAAAAGUGAAUGAAUUCUAAAACAAGAAAAAUUGUUAAUAUUCUGGGCUAAAAGAAAAUUUUGAUAUUGAAUCGCCUUCCUGAUAUUUAAACCCAAAAAAUGCUCGUAUUAAAAUGAAACCCCAUCCUUGAGAUA